CCGGCUUUAAGUGUGACAACUCGAAAAAUAGAACCCCCUCCGGUCCUUCUGCAACUGGUGCUAUUGUAGGUGGAGCAGUCGGUGGGAUAAUCUUCAUCGUGCUGCUGAUUGUCAUCAUAAUAAUUGUACUAAGAUUGAGAAGAAAACCUCGCCCUAAGCCGGUCUCCUACUCAUAUAAUAAUGAUUGCAUUGGCGACAUUUCAACAGAUAAAGGCCAAGAAACAGAUCAAUCACCUCAGCGGUAUGAAAAUCUUGGACCUAGGAGGCGGAUUGAAUCUCCAACGCAAGCUCCUUUGCCCGACCUACCAAUUACUCGUUUAGAUCAGAGUUACAAACCUACACGGGUUACAGUAGAGAAGUCUUCAAGGGAUCGUCGCAUCAUACCUGUCUCAAAGUUUGCCACUUUUGUUGAGAAUAAUAGGCACACUGACACAUUCUAUAAGGAUUUCCUUAAUUUGGCAAACGUUUGUCCUGGUCCUUCAACCUCCAUGAUAAGAAGUGCGUUGAAGAAAGAAAACCGGUCAAAGAGUCGAAACACCAACAACCAUCCACUGGAUAGAAACCGGGUCAUCCUAGAGUCUGUAGGCUCUCUAGAUUCAGAUUUCAUCGACGCCAGCUACGUCAAGGGUAUUCGAUACAGGUUUAUAACUACACAGAUGCCUAUGCCUAACACAGUCGCCGAUUUCUGGGACGUGGUGUUUUACAACCAACCAACCGUUAUCAUUAUGCUUAACGAUGAUAACAGACGUAACAAGACUUGUGCCCAAUACUGGUUGGACAGUGGUGUUGCCAUUUUCGGAUCUUUUUCUGUCACUACGGUGUCUGUCUCCGAGAACGAAGGACUGAUAGAGAGGGAGAUGCAAGUUACCAGAAAUAAUUCAAAGGCUCGUCAUGUUGUGAAGCAGUACCAGUUCUUACACUGGCCAAAUGAGGCCCAGCAGCAAGCGAAUCGACCUCGUCAGCUAGUCAAUCUGAUGACAAAAGUUCAGGAAACUUUAGAACGAUCCCGAGAAGGGUUCCCAGUACUUGUUCAUUGCAUGAAUGGAGUUGGCCGAACUGGCGUAUUUUGUAGCACGCUUGAGUGCAUCGCACAAGUAAAUGAAGAAGGCGCUGUCGAUGUCUUUCACGUGGUGAAGAUGCUCAGAAGUGAAAGGAUGCAUUUCGUACAAACCGAGGAAGAAUAUUCGCUCAUCUACGAGCUGAUCAAAGAAUAUCUUCGAGAAAAUGAUUACGAGCAUCCGUUUCCUGAGGUUUCGCCGAACGAUCACACUUACACGUAUGCCGAUUCCCCUCUGGCCCCAGGUUCCGGUGAGAGUGAGCAUGUAUACGCACAACUGCAAGAGGGCGCCCCCGAUAAAGGAGUGUAUACCCCACUGAAGACAUAAAGAUGAUUCCGUUGGGACAAAGGCUCUUCCAGCUAAGGAUUCCAUGAACUCGGGAAUGGUUUAAAAUAUUGAAAUACGCACUGGCAUUUACUAAACACCUAAACUUUAAAGCCUGUAGACUAGUUGGUCAACAAGUUUAUAGUCCGCGAACAAGCUAAGAGUUACUUGUACGACUUUGACUAUACAGAUAUUGAAUAACAACACUGCAUAAUGAUGUUUAUGUUAUAAUUUAAGUGUUUUAAAAUUCAUUUUUUUAAUUCAUUUUUCAAAGGCAUUUAGUCGCCUCUUGAUGGAGAUUGUAUUCAUUCUAUAACCUGUUACCUGUUUUCGAAAGAAAUAUAUUGUUAUAUCUUGGGAGUAUUUGUGAGAAGGGAGUCGUUGCUGCAAGGGAGAAGGGAUGGCAGAAAGACAGCUUCUACUACCCUUCCCCCAAAACGUGUUCAAACAUGCACACAAGCAUAAAGUGUGCGCGUCAAUUAUUACAUGUCAACCAGGUAAAUUUUAUCUUUAUUAUAUGAUUGGCCGCUUCGCGCUCUCACUUUCUGAUCCUAAAAAAAUACUACGCAUUCUUACCUCAAUUCCCAGGAAAUUUUCUCAUUGGCCUUACAAAAAAAAAAUCGUUUCAAUAAUAUCUUCAAACUUCCUUUAAUCAAAUGCAUUUUCCUCUCAUGUAAAAGCGGAUCUAUCUUUGUUGUAUGAGAAACAUGUUUGUAUCAUUAUCUAUAAUAGAAAUUUCUUUGAUAUGUUACGUUUUAAAUAAACAAACUACAUUAUUGUGUAAUGUUAAGUA